AUAUGAUAGACAAGACCAGGAAGUGAAAGAGAUUUUGGUAUGGUUGUUGUUUGUGUGAUGUGCCAUUACUGAAAAGCAAGUUUAUAAUUUGGUCGAAAAAUGCAGUCAGGUAUCAAAGACCUAGUACUUUUGGUCGUUGCCUGAGCCUACCGAAUAUCUUUGAACAAAGCUGUUUUACUGAAAAAGAAAAUACAAUUUUAUCUAAACAUUACAAAAUUAGGUUACGUUUUAACUAUGUCUGUGAACUGGCCCGAGAGGAUCUCCGCCUUUUCUCGCAGCCCGUCCCAGUUCUUGUGCAGCACGACGGCUGAAAUAUUCCUGACCGAGAUCCUGCGCGAGCUGCGAGAUGACCGGGCCAAUGACCUCAUCAAGGUCCUGCUGUUGUCUCCGCUUUUGGAGCACCCUACUCUGCUGUGCCCCUCUGUCUCAGUGGGCGAGGAGACUGCUCUGGAGCUUAUGUCUGUGUUUGCCCAGUGCUCCCCAAAAUCCUUACAACUCCGCUGCCACCUCCUCCUAGCCCUCACCUCUGUACUCCUCUGUUCCUCCUGCGUCACGUCAUGCACCAGCGCCUCACAAGACUUCCUGGACGUCCUCUUCCAGAUGACCCAAGACACCAAUGACUUGCAGGCUGGGGCUGCGGUCCGCCCGCUGAGGUCCACAGCCUGUGACUGCCUGAGGGAGCUGGAGGCCUGCCACCCGGGACUGCUCUCCCAGCGCCUGGAGCUUCUGAGCAAUCUAAGGCAGCAGGAAAACUCCAGGUUACACCAGGCCUACACAGGGCUUCAUGCCCUGGCUUUGAGGAAUGCUGUUUACCUUCUCACCCAGCAGAAAGGGGCUGGAGCUGAAGACCUGAAAGCUGCACUGGGGAGCAGUGAGGGGUUUGUGUGGGCCCGAGGUGCGGAUUCAGAGUUCCAUUCAGACAUGGCCCUCCUCUCGCCCCUCACUCUGGGCCCUAUGGGAAGGGUUCCCACCCUCCAGACAGGCCCGGACUCUAAAGAGCUAAGAUCACUCAUCUCCUCCCUCCUAGAGGAAUCCUACCUGCUCACAUCCCUGUCCCAGGCUGCACUGCUGCAGAAGCUGGUGGAGAUUGUGUCCAUGGUGCCGGCAGUCUCUCCCACAAUAUUCAGGGCACAGCUGCUGCGUCUCCUGGGGACUUGCGAGGUGUGCCUGCUACACUCCACUCUGCUGAUGAAGGCUGCCUUCACAGACAGCCUGUUCAGUGCCGAGGAUGAAGCCUACCUCCUGAAGCGUCUUGUCAGCCUGUCCCAACACCCCCUACUGAGCACUCCAGAGAAGCUCUUCUACAUGGACUGCAUACUGCACUUCCCGGAGAAUCGACCAAUCAGCUGCGGCGACGAGAACCUGCCUGUGCUGUUGACUCCACGGCUAGCCGCGGCCCUAGUCCCAACCCUGUUCAAUGACAGUGCCAGCAUGCUGGCUAGAUUCAACCUGCUGUCUCUGGUCUACCUCGAAGAAGGAGAAGAAGACCGGGAUGGACAGGGGGGCAGAGGCCUGGCUUACCUGUAUGAUCACCUGACGUCCCUGCUACAUGUCAUGGAGAACCAGGGAAGCAGGGAGAUGGUGGUGACCUUCUUCAGGGCUUCCUUCCUCUUCCUCCUCCACUUCUGCCAUGUUAAGUGUUAUUCUGAGGACCUGAUCCAGAGGCUGUGUGACAUGUACCUCAGACAGACCCGGCUGGCACCUCACCUUAUUAACCUGGCCGACCGGAUCCAGGACCGGCUGGUGGAGUCCGGCUGGGCCUUGGCCCUGCUUAGAGCCCUGCAGAGAAGCAUCACAGAGGCCCCGCUGUCCCAGCUCACCUUGCAAGAUUUCCGCUGGCACCUCAGGAUCCUGGCCCGCGUGGCAGAAGAAGGAGAAGUACCCCAAAGGGCCACUCUCAGCUUCCUGCUCAGUGUCAUCACCUCCAAUUCAUCUGUGCUGUGUGUGAGUGGGGACUGGCGUCUGGGGAACGGCCUGCUGGGGGUGUGUCGGCGCCUGCUCCUGCACCCCAGUCUCGACUCCCUCCUCACCCCGCUGGCUGACCUCCUGCAGUACCUCACCUGUUAUUAUGGUGACACAGACAUCCAGGACCACGCCCGCUUGUACUACACCCUCCUAACCACCCUCUCUCGGGAGAAGCUGGCUGGGGUGAUGGCACAGGGGGGUCCAGAGCGGGGGCGGCAGGCAAAAGUUCACUCGCUUUCCACCAUCAUGACUGAAACAGAGGAGCUGACCACCGGUCUGACUGUGCAUCAGACAGAGGAACCAGUGCUCAGGCUGGUAAAACUGGACAGCCCUGAACCGGACGCCCCUGAACCAGACAGCAAAUCACAUAAUGAAGCCAACUCUGAGUCUAACAGCUCUCCAAGGCGGGGGUUGGAGGAAAGAGAGAGCUACAGAGCAAAGCUACAGAGUCCCGGCUUCGUCUCAGAGAUCACCCUCCAAUACCACCUAACACACACCGGAGUGUAUGACCCCCAUUUCGACAAGCUCUUUAGCAUUCGCCUGCACUUUGGUCUCACAGACAGCAACUACGAGGAGGUGAGUGACAUUAGCGUGCCUUGCCUGUUCCGGACUAGAAAACCCCCAGCAGUGAAGCUGAGGCUGAAGCCCAAACAGCCAUACCCCACCACCCUGAGGGCCAGUGCUGUCUUCACCACAGAGGAUGGGCUCUCCUGGCACUCUUCACUAGCAGACCUCCAUGUUACCUUCCCUGAAGUAUUCCUGCCCCUACCCGGUCCCCUAGGGUGGACCAGGGAACAGAAAAAUGGAGUGUUUGAGGAGAUCUGGAGUGAAAUAUCCUCUGUGGCGUCAAAAGGUGAUUUGGACAACGGUGCUACCAGCCUGUUCUGUGACCAGUUAGACAAUUGGGCGGUGGAUAAGCUGGUACGGAACUUUCAGAGAUAUCGGAUCUCAGACUGUUCAGAAUUGGAUAAAGGCGGGUGUAAAGUCCUUUUCUUCCUUCCACCUCAGUCUCAUGUGCUGCUGAGGGUCCUCACAGUUGAGGAAAAUGUCCAAGUUCACAUUGCUACAGACAACUGGAAGCUUCUUCCCUAUAUUAACUCAUAUCUAGAGGACAUUACCAAAGACUUGCACACAGCACAAGUCAAUAGCGAUGGCUGAUUGUAGGUUCCAUACAAUAAGAGUACUUGUUUUUAUGAAAUUCUAACUCCCUUUUAACUGUUCUAUGAUUUCACAGUGCCUUUUGUUCAUCUUGACCUUUCUUUAAAUUAACAUAGACUCUUGAUAAAUGUUCAUAAUUCUGCACUCAGGAAACUGAUACUUUCAUUGAAUUAUUUGUUGUUUUUGGAGAAAUAUAUUUUGUAAUGUAACUUCUGAAUAAAUGUACUGACUUAUUUUGUUAACCUCAUGCUUGAGAACGCAGAAAAUAUUUUGCCUACUCUAAAAUAUCUUACAAAAACAUCUGAUGUGUUUGAUCAGAAGAGGAAAUACUUUUACUGCCUUUGUAAACAAAGCUGUAAAUCCCAUUUAUACCAUGUAGUAUCCCAA